UAUUCCCGACGUGCACCGAGGUGCGGGGAGUGUCCUGGGCUUCCAGCAUUCCCAGUUUGUUAAGCAAAACAAUAAUUACCAGCCCGGUGGGUCCCGAGCAGCAGCAGCGGAGGCGGCUGUCCGCGCUGGCCAUGCUGCCAUGCCCCGUUCGCGGCUCAGGGAAAGGCGUGUGAGACUCCUGCUGCGCUUCUCCUGCUCGGAUCGCCCGGCCAGGUAUGUUUUUGUCUUGAUGGAUGUCACCCAAAGGACAAAGGGACUGCUCCUCCUUUUAGUGAGCUCCUGACAGAGCACUGCUAGAAACACCAGCUGCUCAGAUUCAUCUCUUCCGAGUAAAUGAAGAAAGUGACUAUGAAGGCACAGCAUCUGCCUUCUGUUUUCAUCAAUGAAGAGAAGUUCGUAACCAGAGAGCAGCUCAGUUCUCUUCUGAAGAAUUAUAACUCUUACUAUUCAGAUCAAGAGAAUCUGCAAUUGUCAUACAAGCAGCAGGAAGGAAGCACCCCCUUCAUUGAAGGAAUCCUGUCGAUAUUCUGGGGCGUGCGGCAUCCUAUCAGAUUAAAGAUUCAAGAUGAGAAGCAAAUACCCUCUUUUGUAACCCUGAAGUCAACAGAGAAUGUGGGCUUUUUCCCCAGUAAAAGGGGAAUGACUCGCUGGGGAGAGUUUGAUGACCUCCAUCACAUCAGUGGGGACACACUGAAAUCUACCGAGGAGCAGCCAGACCUCGAGCAAAGUUAUCCAUGCUAUGAAAGUCACACUCUCAGGUCCAGGAGGGAGGAGGAGCUCGACUGUGCCACCCUGCCCCGCACCAGCAGCGAUGCCGCGGCCGUGCGCAGGAGGACCAAGCUCCCCACCAUCACCAGGACAGAAGUAGAAACUCACAGGUUCUCUAUCAAUGGCCACUUCUAUAACCACGAGACAUCAGUUUUCACUCCGGCUUUUGGGUCAGAAACCAAAAUAAGAAUCAACAGCCAGAUGAGAACCAGACAAGUGAUAGAGCAGUUGCUUCGGAAGUUUAAGAUAGAAAACAGCCCCCAUGAAUUUGCACUUUACGUUAUCCAUGCAUCUGGAGAAAAGAAGCAGCUGAGGAGUAGAGAUGUUCCCUUGCUGCACAGGCUGCUGCAGGGGCCCUCUGAGAAGGUUGCCAAGUUCUUUCUCAUGGAUAGGGACGUGGAAGAGAUCAGCAGUGAUGUGGCUCAGUACAUUUCAUUCCAUCUUCCCUUCUUGGAAUCCAUUCUGCACAGAAUAAAUGAAGAGGAGAAGCAGGAGAUUCAACAGACAACUGCAAGGUACACACGAGAGAAGAGGCUGAUCCAGCAGCACCUGCGCAGUCGGAGCGUUCAGAAAACAGAGACCACGGUGUGAGGGGACAGCCCUGGAGAGCACUGGGAAUGCCCCUGGAACGCCUGGGCUGCUGAAGGACAGUCCUGCUGCCUUCUGGGCUGGGACUGAGCAGUGACAGUGCCCCGUGGGAGAAGUGUCCCCUCACCAUUAACCCCUGCAGCGCUGGGGUGCGGGCUGCAAGCACCCACGGAGAUGCACAUUGCCCAAAUUGCAGAUGCUGGCUCUGACUUGGAACUUGGGCAAAAACUCCCCUGAAAAGCCCAAGGCUUUAAAUCCUGCUGACGUGUGACCUGGCACCAAGAGGCUAGCAUAGAAAAUUGCUGCAAUAACCAAUGUGCUGAUAGAAAAUGUGCAAACUAGGAAUAUGGUUAUCCCUCUGUUAAAGAAAUGUUGUGUUAUAUCAGCAGAAAGCUUUUCAGUAGAGCCAAGUGGCAGAAGAUAUUUAUGUAUUUAAGACUGCAGGUAGGAUUUCCAUUUAAGUUAUAAAACAUCCAUGCAAGAUGCCUGAAAUCCACGGGCUUCAGGCUGGUGGAUGCUGAAACUGCUUAAGCUUUGAGCUGCUGUUAGAAAAACAUAACUGGAAACCCUCCCACUGAGGAGCUGCUGAGCUCUUAGCAAUGACAGGGAAUUUAUUGCUGAAAUACCUCGUGCACUGCAAAGUAAGAACUGACUGAACACUGUGGGGUCCUGAAAGGCACCUCAGUGGUUUCUGUAGUUGGAAUUGCUGAUUGUGUUCCUUCCUGAGUGUUCUGUUUGACAGGGAAUGGAGAUGCUCAGUGAGAGGCCGUGUGUCACAGCCAGGGAGGGCUGGGCCCACAGCUGCCCCAGGGAUGCAGUUUGGCUCCAGCCCAGCCCCACGCAGGGCACUGCAGCCCCUGCCAGGUCCUUCCUGGCUGAGCUGUGCUCCAUCUUAGAGCUCCAGUUACAGAGAUGUAAAUAAAAUAAAGCUGUGCACAGCUCCUUGUCCUCCUGCACUACCUGGUUGUCUUUACCUGGUGUCUGUGCCCUACCUCACUGCCUUUGUCUCAUGCAGGUAACAAAUGCUUGUGAGGGAGGAAAGGGAUGUGCAGAAUAUGUGGCCUCAAAAUUGUAUGGAGUAAAUCAAAUUGUAAAACUUUACACUGCCCAAAAUCCUGUUACUGGGAUGGGAAUUCAGAAAGUGAAGGUCAAGGUGCUGAUAUUGAAGCUCCUCAGGUUGCAGCAAGUGUGUUAUUUCAAAGUACAGUUUAUAAUCCUGCCCAGGAGAAUGGGUAGGGACAAGGGAGCACAAAGGGCAGAAAUAACAAUAACUCAUGGUUAAGAGGUAGGAAUUAAAUAGGCCGUUUUUGUCACCAUCUGAUGUUCAAGACUUGAAUCCAUUUCAAUUCUCUUGUCUUGCUGAAUUGGGACUGAAAACUUUGGGCAGACAGAAGUGUGGGGAUAGGACACAGAGCUGGUGCUGUUGGCCAGGAUUUCAGGGUGAGGGCAAUGGUGCUGUGACUCCUGCGGGGCUGGUUCUUUGUGAGUGCUGUGCUGUCUAAAUGAACCAUUUCUGACAAAAGCAGGCAGGAGCAGGGGAAGAAUCUCUUCCAAGGUAUUCUGGGACACUCAAGGAAACACAGCAAGGACACCCAGGUGACAGAGGAGAGGGAGGUCACUCAGGUUCGAACAUGAACCAUUAACCACAGAAACAGUGAUUACAGUCCAUAUCUUACCUGAAUUUGUGCAUUUGAUCUCAUUUGCACUUACACUUUAUAAGCUUAGGAUUUAAAAUGCCUCUCUUUAUCUUGUUCUGUGACUAUUUGGGAUAAGAUGAAAACAUUUCAUAUCACAGCCAAAUCCUGAAUUUCCAUCACUUAACUUAUUGUUUCAGUGGAUUUCCUUAUGGGGAUUCAGCCUCUCUCUGACCUAAAGGUGGCUUUUUGUCACUUGGUUUGCUUUAAAUGCUCCCUGUGCCCUUUGUGUCACUUGUCCAGCGAGGACCUUCCCAAUAACUGUGCAGCUCCUUAUGCUGACAGCAUUUUCUCACUCCUUUGGGUGAGUUCUGGACCCUGGAAAAAGGAAAAUCCCUGGGAGCAUCAGUGUCAGGAGGGUGGCUGGUGUGUCUGUGACACGUUCAGUGCUCAUUAGGCUGAGGCUGCACUCGCGCUAAUUAAUGGGCACGAGAGCAGCAGGCCGGGUUCGGCCGAGCUCGGCUCGGUUCGGCUGAACUCGGAGCCGCUCGCUGCAUUCGGAGCUCAGCUCGGUUCGGUUCGACCGACCCCGUAAUGUUCAGGAUGGUUCGACUGAUCUCGCGUUGGUUCGGCUUAUCUAGUUCGGUUCGGCUUAUCUAGUUCGGUUCGGCUGAACGCGGUUCCGUCCCGUUCCGUCCAGUUCACCUCAGCUAAACUGGGAUCGAUUCGGCAAAUCGCGGCCAGAGUCGGCCCUUCGGCUCCGCUCGGCUCUUCUCGGCCGCACUCGGCUGUUGUCGGCUCCACUCGGCCGCACUCGGCUCUUCGGCCGUCCCUGACUCUGCUCCGCGGUGCAAUGGCGGCCCGUGGCGGGGCGCCGCUCCCCGGCCUGAGCCCGUGAGGGGACAGAGCGCUGGCACAGCCGCCUCAGCCCGGGUCACCCUGGCCCUGCCCGGGCCCGCGUCCCCCGGAGCGCGCCCUGCAGCGCAGAACGCGGCCUCGGAGCCAGGAGCGGGGCCAAUGCCCUCGGCUCGGCAGCGGCGCCGGGAGGCGGCGGGCGGUGCCCUCAGGGCAGGAAAAAUCAUCAAACUCCUCCCAUCUUUGCCAAAAGCUUUGGUGUUUGGGCAGCCAAAGGCAAGAGGCCUCAGCACCAGGGCUCUGCUGGAGGGCUCUGGUCCUGCCCACGCUGUGGGUGAGCCAGGGCUGGCACAGGGAAUGGUGCAGGUGCUGGUGUGGCAGUGGAGCUGCUGCCCUUUGGAGCCAUUUUAAAGGCUGUCCUUGCUGGAGCACCCUGGUCCCUGCCAUCCCCUGGGACACAGAGGGAGCCCUGUCCCAAGUGGCUUUGGCACCUUGGCAGGAAUGUGGCAGCAGCCCCAGAGCAGCUGGAGGAGAAAACCUCCCAGCAGAGACAGAUUGCAAUGGAGGCCAGAGUUGUGUUUGGAGCAGGGAGUGCUGAGAGCUGCAUCUGCCUGUGCUGCCACAGCCUGAGCACAGCCUGGGAACAGCCUGGGAACGGGACUGGGGCAAUUUCUGAUGCCCCGGUGAGAAGAACACAAACUCAGCCAUUCAGCCUGACAGGCCCCUCCACCCAGAGCUCAGCACACAUCCUCAGAGCUAAGUCCAGCAUCCAAAGGGAAAAAACCCAAAAACCCAGAAGAAAAAGCACCAGCAGGGAAGGGACAAGAGGAUCCCUGUGGGAUGAGGCUGGAGAGAGCGAGCAGAGGAGCAGCCUCGGGCUGGAGAAGGGCAAAGGGACCAACAUGGUGUCACCAGGGCACCUGUGAGGAGCAGAAUGGACACCUGGAGGCCACAUGGAAGAAAGGGAUGCACAUCUCUGUCUUCAGCACACCUCCAGUGGGACCUACCUGUGAAAGCUUUCCACCACUUGUGCACUUGCAGCUGGAUCCUGAAAAACUCCAAACUCCAUCCCACUGAUUUCCAGGUAUCUCUGAGGGCUACUGCCUGGGAUUCAGUAUCUGUGGGGGAAGAUUGCCUUGGCUUCAAUGCUGCUGAUGGAUGGUGGCCUCAGGCUGGGCAGGAGGGAAGGGAUUUGGGGUGGCUGGGACAUAGCUGGCAGCUGUGGGGGAGCUCUGAACCGGGAAUUGCUGUGUGAGCCCCUGUGCAAACGGGCCGUGCCUCCAUUCCCAGGUAAUGCCAGCUGCUCCUUGGGCUCCUCCUGGGCUCUUGGUGCUCUGUGUGGGCUGGAGCAUUUCCACGUGCCUGCUCAGAGCAGCCCCUGGCCCAGGAGCCACGGUGCAGGCACAGCUCCUCCUGCAGAUCCCACAGACACGAGGGGCUGCUGCCUUCAGGAGCUUCUGGCUCCUCCUGCCCUGCGCUCCCAGCCCGCUGGGACACCCUGAGGGAACACCAAGGAGCACGGCUGGCAGCGAGCAGGAGACACCGAGGCCUCUGGGCCCAGAAACAGCCCCGGCCUCAGCAGCCACCUGAGGUCGCUUUGGCCUGGCAACGCUCACCUGCAGGAAACGCCCCCUGCCACUCUCCAGAGGAACUUCCCCACGGAGCAGGGUAACCCUCAGGACUUGUCUUGUUCGCUUCUUCCUGGGGAAACAACGGGACAUUGUGUGAGCACAUUUACAGCUGCUGGGUUAGUCCUGGAAAGGGCAGAAGAAUCAGGGUCAUGGGGAAGAGUUUGGUGCUGACAUGCUGAGUGCCAGCCAGUUCUGCCCUAGAGCCAUUGCAGGGGCUGGUGUGUAAAGCAGCAUUAGCAGAAGGGAAGGAGCUGCAUUUGUAGAGGAGGUCUCUUACUGGCAGCACUCACUCCCAUCCCACACAGGACCUUUGGAACAACCCUGGGAUUGGCUCAGGUGAUUGGAGCAGGGUGCUGAGAAGACCAAAAUUCUGUGUUCGAUGUGCAGCUGGGCCGGUCACUUCUCAGCAUUUGACUCGGUGAUCCUCACGGCUCUGGAAAUAAAGAACAAACAAUUGUCA